GUUUAUUUAGUAAGAAAAUGACAAAUGUAUAUUAAUAUAAAGCUAUACUGUCUCCCAUACAAAGCCUUCCAAAAACAUUAAGUAGUUUAGCUUUGAGAGACCUAUAUAACAUAAAGCUAUUUAAUUUUUUUACUUAUGUUUUAUUGUUUUUUUCUUUUUACAAAGUGACAGAUUCUAGCUUUCUAUCUCGUAUCAACAUCUCAAACACUAAGUGAAUGAAAUGAGAAUAAAAUGAGCCAAGAGGUAGUAAUUCAGGUUAGGUGAGUAGUGUUGGGAGUUGAAUUAUGAAGAGACAUGGCUUUGUAUAAAAAAGAAAAGGGAAUCUGAAGAAAACAAGUUUGAGCCAGUUUAUUUUUGUUUCUUUAACACUAAAUUCUUUGUGUUUUUUUCUUCUUUAGUAUUGUAUACCUUUUUUUUUAUUUUUUACUUUCAUAGUUGCAAUCUGAAACUGAAACCAGUUUUUGUUGUUUCUAAAGUAAAAGGAAAAUUUAAACUUUUCAAAUUCAGACUGGAGAUUUCUAGCUCUUUGCAAUUAUAUGUUAAGAGGUAUCAAUAUUUUAGAAUUCAAUAUACUAGCACGUUUUCUUAACGGCAUAUCAUUUUGUAAUGCCAAGUUGGAUGUCAAAUGGAGGUAAUGCCAUUUUCCUCUUCACAUGAGGUGAUCCUGGCUCACGUCCUAGGCAGAAACAGUCAGGAACUAGCAGCAUGCAAUUUUAAAGCAAUGGUAUGUUCUAAUUAAGGAGAAAUUCUCGAUUUUCCCAUGUGAAAGAGAAAGUAAAGCUGGAGAAAAGGUAGGGAAAGAAGAGAGAGAGAGAGAGAGAGAGAGAGAGAGAGAGAGAGAGAGAGAGAGAGAACGAGAACAUGGCUCCUCUCACUGGUAUUCUGACAUGUAUGUGGACUGGAUCUAAGCAACAGGCUAAAUUUUCAGAUCAUGUGAAUCUCUGUCAAAUCAACCCUCAUACAAUUGUUUCCUUUGUUUUUUUGACAUUGAUAUAUAAAAGUUUUUUUUUUAUAAAUCAGACUCUAUUUCAAUUAUUGAAAUCUUUCCCCACUACAAUCUCAAAUAUAUAUCUGUAUUUGAGACAUAAACAGUAAUAAAGAUCUAAAUACAGCCCUGUCCGGGAAUAUCUGUGUAGUACAGAAUCCCCAGGCUGUGUGGGGGACACACAUUCUGUAGUGAGAUUGCACUCUAAGUGUGAAGAUUUCUUAUUUCUGUUACAUAGCCUCUACGUUAUUAUUGUCAACAGUCGUAUCUUUGGGAUAGAAGGGCUUUUAAGGGGUAGAUAAGACUGUUGCCCAUGGAAUAAGGAAUAAAAUUGUUUUCACUUUGAGAGAAGAAAAUUCAUUCUUGUAAAAAAAAAAAUUGCUGAUUCGUUCUAAGAUGAGACAUUUCAACUGCAGGCCGCCUCAGAAAAGCGUUAACCGUGUCUAUUUCAUGUGCAUGUGUGUUGUAGAUCACGAGCAGCCCUGUGGUCCCAGGCACAGGUCAUUUUGCCUGAAUGGGGGGAUUUGUUAUGUGAUUCCUACUAUCCCCAGCCCAUUCUGUAGGUGCAUUGAAAAUUAUACGGGUGCUCGUUGCGAAGAGGUUUUUCUCCCAAGUUCCAGCAUCCAAAGCAAAAGUAACCUGUCGGCAGCUUUCUUGGCGCUGGCGGUCCUCGUCACUCUUGCCAUCGUGGCGCUCUGCUUCCUGUGCAGGAAGGGCCACCUUCAGAGAGCCAGUUCAGUCCAGUGUGAGAUCAGCCUGGUGGAGACAGGCAAUACCAGUGCCCGCCACAGCCACAGAGAGCACUGAAGACAUCCCCAGUGAAGGGCAUUAUUACCUACAAAGGCAGAUUGUGGACCACACAAGAGAAGGUAAUGCUUCCACUCCUCGUCUCACACAGAGGCUUGGUAAAAGGGUCCGAUUCAAGGCAGCCUGCUUCGGGGAGAAGCAGCAGCACACCGUGCAGGGUCCUCACAAGGAGAUUUACUGUUCUAAAGCACUCUGAAGAGCACAGCUCAGCGCCAUGGAGGGCAUUCACUCUGGGUAGGGCUGUCAUCACUGUCGCUGUCCAGAACAUUCUCAUCAUCCCACACUGAAGCCUGUACUUCUCCAGGUUUCCUUUUGUAUCACCCCAACACCGAAACAAAACACCCAGCAGAAAGUAACUGGAGACAUACACUCCUUGUCCUCUGUCACUGGCUAAUUUCAUUCAACACGUGUUCGAAGCUCAUCUACACUUAGCCACAAAUCCAUUCUACCAUUAACAGCUCAAUAUUAUUCAGUGAGGAUACAUUACAUUCUCUAUACUAUGCAAAUACAUUCGGAUGAUUUCCAGUUUGACUGCUGUAAACAGCAAUGUUACAAUAUAUACCACCACAACCCCAGCUUUUAUUUCUAAAUAAUAUAUUUCAAGUAGGAUUUCUGGAUUGAAUUGUAAUUUUUGCUUAAUUUGACAAGGAUCAUACUGUUUUCUGUAACCAGUGAAGCAUUUUACAGUUUUACCAGCAGUCCAGGGUCCAAUAUGUGUGCAUCUGUUACUGUGUAGGAAAGAAAAGAUGAACGAUGGGGAGAUGGGGGAGCACCCAGCACCCUAAUGGGGUGGUGUGACAGCUCACUGAGACCUAACAUGAACUUCCCCGUGUAUCAGUGAGGCUGACCAUAUUGCCAUAUUUUGUACUCUGGAAAUCAAGUCCUUAUUUGUAGGCUGCAAAUAUGCUUUUCAAGUCUGUGUAUAACCUUUUUGUUCUUUAAGUAUGGUAUAUUUUUAUGCACAAAAGAUCUACUUUUUGAUUCCUAAAGAUUUUCUAACACUUCACAAAAGUCAUUGAAAAAUUCAUUUUCCUGAUACCCUCCAAGAGUUGUGUGUGUGUGUGUGUAUAUAUAUUGUGUGUGUGUGUGUAUAUAUAUAUAUAUAUACACUAUUACACUAUAUAUACUAUAUAUUAUACUAUAUAUAUAGCUACUAUUGUUAAAUUUUUAAAUUUUUAUUUUGAAUUUUCAUAUCUGGUAUUGCUUAAGUCCCCAACUCCAGCAUUUCUAGAUUUUCUCUUCCUUAUUGAAAACAGUCUUAGUACUUUUGUCAAAAAUUACUCAUGAUACAGAUGUUUCUCUUCUAAGGAUUUCUGUUUCAUCAGUUUAACGUGGUGUAAUCAGAUGACUCAUCCUAGGUUUCGGGUGUAUUUCUCUGUCAGGGGUUGGGGUUUUGAUAGGGAUUAUGGAUUGUAGACUGCCUUGGUUAGCACCAGCCCAUCAACACGGAUGUGCUCCACCACUCCUAUGGCAGUCCAGGGCCUCACUCUGGCUGUUCAUCGCUCAAGCAUAGAACCGAUGCUGGCUUCUGCACCUCCUUGCACCCUGCUACUGUGAGCUGCUAGUGUAUUGGUUCUGAAAGUCUUUUGGAAUCUUUAGUUUUCUGGGUACAAGAUCACAUAAUCUGUGAACAGAUAGUUUUACUUCUUUCCAGCUUGGUGCCUUUCCUUUUAUUUGCUUAGUGGCUCUAGCCAGUCCAAGUUGCCUAGCAACAGUGCAGGCAAACCUCCUUGUUCUUGUGGAGAAGCUUCUCCACUUCUCCAGUGGGCGUGACUUCACUGUGGGCAUUUUCAUGGUAGCUUUCAGGUUGAGGUAAUUUCCUUCUACUUCUAAGUCAUUGUUUCUAAUUACGGAAGGAUGGUUUUUACCAAACGUCUUUCCUUGACAACACCAAUGUUGUGUUGGGCAGUGGUUGUAUCUUGGUCCCAUAAUUUCUUCAUGCUGGGUUCAUCUGUUCCUGUUUAUAUUCUUCUGGUUCCAGCUUUCUUCAUCGUCCCUCCCUGUCCCCAGCGCCCUCUGUAAGUCCCUGGUGAGGAGGUCAUUUGUUGCUCUUUUCUCCUUAGGGUCUUGGGGUUUGUUUGUUUAGUCUUUUCGUAUUUCCUUUCUCUUUGUGGACACUGAUUCUGUCCUUUAUCAUGGUCCUGUAGCUCCUAAGGGUGUAUUGAAGACUCUAGUGAGUUGUACCAGCUUCUCAUGAACUCUCAGCUGCAUGCCACGGCGUAUGUGUGGAGGUCAAAGGACAACUUUCAUCCUGUGGAGUGUGGACAUCAAACAUUGGUUGUGUCUUGGUGGCAAGCACACCUUUGUCUGCCGAGCUUGCUGUCUUGCUGGUUUUUAUCUCAAUUCUCUGAAUGGAGCUCAUUUCCAGGCCUCUUUGUGCCUGUUUGCUGUAUGCCCCAAGUGGCCCUUCAGCCAGAAAGAGUUAAGACAGGCCUUUUAAUAAAGUUUGGGCCUGAGCUGGGCAGACAGACCCUCAACUAGCUCAUCUGAGUUUACUUGACCAUCUAGACCUGUCCUAUCGCAUGGCUAACUAUACCUUCCAGGCCUAUAGUCACCUAUGUCCUCCUCUCCUGUUUCCUCUUUCUUUUUCCCAGAGUCUCUACAAGGAAGUCUUGCCUUCCACUCCCUGCCCAGCCACUGUCUGUCAACCUCUAUUCUACAAAAAGCUACAUUCCAUUUUAACAGAUCAGCAGCAGGACAACGCCAGAACCACCCCUUAGGCCCGGAUGAGGGCCACGUGAUCUCCUUUCCAUCUCCUUUCCGGUAAUUUGCUUUAACAUGAUAAUCUCAAGAGAAUCAUCUUUUGGGCAGGUGAGAAGGACAAGCAUUCACAUAUAGAAGCUGGUAAUGGGCUGUACAGAAGACAUUACCAACUCCCCCUGCAUUAAUUUAUUGCCUGAAUAAGCAAUUAACAAUUGAUUAAACAGACACAACUUGUUACACUGUAAA